UGACCUGGACCAAUCAGCAAGCACCACAUGACAUGUCAUUGGUCGGUCAGUGUCAAGACGGUUGUAUUUUUGGUCAGAAAUUUCGUCAUGUCGCUGCGUCUUCAAUAUUCUCUCAAAAUUCAAUGAAAUACUUUUGUGAAACGGGUUCAGUAAUACAGUAAAUAACUUAUAGAAAGUUGAAGUGUUAUUUUGUGAGAAAUCAUGGCAAUCGGAAUGGUAGAUAUGGUGCAAUUUGCCCAAGAUAAAAAGUUCACAGCAUUCUUGCUACUUCUUUUCCUGGAUCUCUUUAUGGAUGGUGCCGAGUCAGCAACUCAGGCAGAAAUUGAGAGACACAUCGAGAUGGGAGGACAGUACCUGGCCACAGGCCAGUUAUCAGACGCCCUCACACACUUCCACGCAGCUGUUGAGGGGGAUCCGUCAAACUACCUGACACUUUUUAAGCGAGGAACGGUUUAUUUCGCUCUGGGCAAAGCUAGAAACAGUCUCAGUGAUUUCUCUCGGGUUCUAGAGCUAAAGCCAGACUUUACGACAGCUCGAGCACAACGUGGAGUAGUACAUCUCAAACUGGGAGACUUUGAUAAAGCUGAAUUGGAUUUCCAUAAAUCGCUAAUGGAGGAUCCCUACAAUGAUGAUGUCAACUAUUUGUACAGUAAAGUUGAUCCUGCCCGAGAACAGUGGAAUUCCAUUGAGAAUUUGAUUGCUCGUGGUGACCACAGAACUGCAAUAGCCUUCCUCACUCAACUCCUGGAAAUUUCACCGUGGAGUGCAAAGUUCCGGGAAACCCGUGCAGAUUGCUACAUCAAUGAGAAUGAUGUUCUAUCUGCAGUUUCUGAUCUCAGAUCUGUCAAUCGUUUGUCCCAGGACAGCACAGGCGGAUACUUUCGUCUGGCUGAGCUACUGUACAAUCUGGGACAUACAGCAGAUGCCUUAAAGGAGAUCCGUGAGUGUCUCAAGUUGGAUCCCGAACAUAAAGACUGCUUCCCCUUCUACAAGAAGCUCAAGAAGGUGGAAAAGGCCCUUUCUGAUGCCCAAUCAUAUCUGGAUGAGCGACAGUACGAGGGAUGCGUGGAGUCAGCGGAGAAGGUGUUGAAGUUGGAAUCAGAUAUUCCAAUGGUGAUCUUCAGUGCAAAGCAAUUGCUCUGUUCGUGCCACGUCAAGGAUGAACAGUUCACGCAAGCAGUGACAAGAUGUCGAGAAGCUCUGGACAUUCAGAAGGAUCCCAGUGUUCUCUGUGAUCGUGCUGAGGCCUACAUCGGCACGGAGAUGUACGAUGAUGCCAUCAGGGAUUAUCAAGCAGCCAUUAAUAUCGAUGAACAUCUUCAGAGGGCCAAAGAGGGUCUCGAGAGGGCGAAACGCCUGCAGAAGCAAUCAGAGAGAAGAGACUACUACAAGAUCCUCAAUGUAAAACGAUCAGCCACAAAGCAAGAGAUUGUUAAGGCUUACAGGAAGGCUGCUCAGAAGUGGCAUCCGGAUAAUUUUCAGGGUGAUGAGAAGAAGAUUGCUGAGAAGAAAUUUAUUGAUAUUGCAGCAGCGAAGGAAGUGUUGACGGAUCCGGAGAAGAGGCAACAAUUUGACAAUGGUGAAGAUCCACUGGAUCCUGAAGGUGGUAAUAAUCAAUAUGGUGGCUUCCGGGGUGGAAAUCCCUUCCAUCAUUUCCACCAUGGAUCACCGUUUCAGUUCAAAUUUCACUUCAACUAAUCACAAGAGGCCACAUUGCUGGAGGGGAGGGGGGGGCGUAGGUGUGUGUGUGUGUGAGUGUGGGUGGUGUCUCCUCUCUCCAAUCCACCCAAGACCAACUGUAUAAUAUAUUAUACUUUGCCUGAGGAAAUCCCACACUCAAGCUUAAAUUAUUUUUCUUUUUGGAUUUUCAAGCAUAACAAGAGAAAAAAAAAGUAAUAUCAAGUCAGGAUUUUAAGUGUCUGUGCUGAGCAAAAGAGUAUGACUGUGAGGAAUGAGUGUGAAUCUUGGAUAAUCUAUGUACAUAAAAAAAAAAAUAAAUAAUAAAAUUUGUUAAGUAACGCAAA